AUGAAGACUACCUUGCAGGUCACCAGAAUCUACAAUGGGAGGCUCAAGGUGGAUCGCAUCUGUUCAGAAAUGGAAGAACUCGCAGAACAUGGCAUAUUUCUGCCUCCUAAUAUGCAAGGUCUAACAGAUGAACAAAUUGAAGAACUGAAAUUAAAAGAUGAAUGGGCUGAAAAAUGUGUACCAAGUGGGGGCUCAGUGUUUAAGAAGGAUGAAAUUGGACGAAGAAAUGGCCAUGCUCCAAAUGAAAAAAUGAAGCAAGUUUUGAAGAAGACUGUAGAAGAAGCUAAGGCAUUAAUAUCUAAGAAACAAGUACAAGCUAACGUAUGUGUUACUAUGGAGAUGGUGAAAGAUGCACUGGACCAACUUCGAGGAGCUGUAAUGAUUGUUUAUCCAAUGGGUUUGCCACCAUAUGAUCCAAUUAGAAUGGAGUUUGAGAAUAAAGAAGAUUUAUCAGGGAUUCAGGCUGGGCUUCAGAUCAUUGAUGAAUCGGAAGCACAAAUGUGGUGGGCAGCAAAGGAGUUAAAAAGAACUCAGAAACUUUCAGACUAUGUGGGGAAAAAUGAGAAAACUAAAAUCAUUGUCAAGCUUCAGCAAAAAGGUCAAGGAGCUCCAGCCCGCUCCAGUCUUCAUGUCAUUCCGAUCAUAGAGUUAUUACCUCAAUAA